AUGUUUGACAAGUUAUCUAAUCUAUUAAUAAUACAAAUCAUAACAGAGAUUGAAGAUAAUGUAGAUUUAGUAUGUUUGCUGUUAACUUGUAAACAUUUUUAUCAUAAUAGUAGUUUAAAAAGAUUAAUUAGAUUUAAAGUAGAUGUAAGAGUUUUUGAUAAAGGAAUCGUAUCAGACAAGUUUACAACAAUAGUCAAUCGAUUCAAUCUAAACUCUUUUAAAGAUAUAUUAGAUAAUAGUAUAUCAAAUCAACAUAUCAUAGUACCACCCAAUAAGAACUACCCAAAAUGGUUAAAAGAUCGCAUCUCUGCAAACAACACAGCUGAUACAAGUUGCGUUACAACUGUUUUUCUCAACUAUGAUGAAUCAAAUUCAUCUAAACAAUUAGAUUCGCUAUACAAGAUACCAUCAAUAGAGACAUUGUUCAUACACGACCUAGGUGAAAACUCGGUUGUAGAUCUUACAUCUAUAUCUAGUUUACCGAAUCUCCAACGACUAACAGUUUGUGCAGGUGAGUUGAAUCUAAGUCCUCACACAUCACUCAGUCUCACAAAACUCACUCUUAGUCUGAGCAAUAUACCUCCACAAAAUGCAUUCAUUUCAUUAAAGUCACUCGUCUACCUAAAGAUGGACCUUUUGGAAGAAGAUAAUGAUCAAGAAGAACAUGUGAUGGAUAGUUUAUGUUUGGAUCUAUCGUCUCUACUCAACUUAGAGACAUUCAAGUUUAGAGAAGAUGGUUUUGACGAAUUCACAGACUAUGAUGAUGAUAUUAUUAAUAUCAUACUACCUCCUUCACUCAAGAUUAUGUCAAUCUUUUCCAAACGUACUCAAAUCCCCUCCGGAAACAAAUACAUCAUGCCAGUGUUGGAGAAAUUGUAUGUAGUUCAAAGUCUAUUGAUUGAUGAAAAGAUCAGUCUGUCUUUAACACCAUCUCUAAAGAAACUUGUCAUUUAUCAAUGUGACGAACCCAUUCCAUCGAAUCUCAUCCCAUCCAACCUAGAAAAGCUUACAGUCUAUAGAUAUCCAGGACACAAAGAUACACUCGGGCUGGUUGUAUUCCCACCAUCACUCACUCAUCUAUCCAUCAAGGGAGAUUACCUUGAACCGUCUGUUCGACUACCCCAAUCACUCAUCAAACUAAAUAUAACAACCGAUUAUCUUACCGUCACACUUCCACAACAUUUAAAAAAACUUGUUUGGACAAUAGGUUCGAGAUCCAAAAAAAUAUAUCCAAAUCUAGAGCUUUCAUCAUCCAACAACUAUCCUCUCCAUCUUGAAACACUCAAUUUCUAUAAUAUCGUUGGUCAUUUUACAAUCAAAGUACCACCAGUCACCAAAUAUCUAUCAAUACCUUUGUAUUCGUCAACUAAAAUCUAUUCAAUCAGUUCAAGGAUAACGGUGACUAAACCCAUUGACCAACAGUCACAACAACAACAACUAUGGCUACCUCAUAACACAACUCAUCUCACUUGUUACUCUAAAAAUCGACCAAAUAUGGUAUUUAGAUUGGAUGAAGUAAUAAAUCAUACCAAUGUUGGAUAUUUAACUAUCAUUGUUGAAACAAAAACUUUUCAAUUUACAAUUCAAAGAUUGGACUCUGAUAAUAGAAAUGUAUUGGUUUUGGAAAAACAAACACUUCAAGGUGGAAUUAUUACCCAAAGAAAAACACUCAACAAUCAACAACAACAACACCAACACUACGAUCCUAUAUAUAUAUAUUUGGAUACCUAUUUUGAAAUACAACCAAAUAAAAAUAUUACUAUUAGUGGUGGUACAUGCGAUUUAUUGGAAUCGCAGAAAAACAAAAAACCAAAACAAAUUCACAAAGCCACUUUUCAAUCAUUCUUAUUAAAUACAUACAAAUAA